AUGGCGGCUCAGCAGAAAUCCCCGAACCUCGACAAGUUCCUCAAGUCGCUUAAGGGGCGGCCGCUGGAUGCUUCGAUUGAGUCGUUGAUAUCCCUGCUCAAGCGAAGACAAAUCACCGGUGCCGAGCAAUGUGCCAUCGCAACAGCCCACAUCCUCCUCCAUGUUGUGGCAAAAUCAAAAUGGAACAAUGUCGGACAGCUCCUUGACCGAGUCCAGCGAGUCGGCCGGCAACUGGUCCUCGCACGGCCCCAAGAGCUGGUGAUUGGAAACGUCGUGCGCCGGGUCUUGGGUCUCAUCCGCGACGAGGCCGAGGAGGACCGCGGUGGGAAUGGCGACGACUCGAUGUCUGACAUCUCAGCCCUGCCUGGCGACGAGGCGAAUCCAAUCUCUGCAGAUGCCUCGCCUCCGUCUCGACCACCUCCUCGCAUAGGCAUGCUCACUUCAACCAGCUCCUUCCACGUCCCGCAGUCCAUGUUCAACCUGCUCGCCAACUCGCCCAAGCUGGACAGGAGCUCGGCAGGAUCGCCCUUUGGACGGGGCUCUGGGACUUCCACGCCCAUGUCACACGCCCAAGUCGCCAACAACUCGGCUCUCCGCUCCGAGGUCAUCGAUGGCAUUGACGAGAUCAAGGAUGAGAUCAGCCAGGUGGACGACCAGAUUGCAACCUUCGCCGAGGUCCAAAUACAUCCGGGGCAGCACGUCUUGGUCUACAAGCCAAGUCCAACCGUUGAGAGAUUUCUGAUCGCAGCCGCAAAGAGGAGGAAGUUCACUGUGUUCAUCGCCGGCGCAACAAUCCCCAAGGCGUCCGAAGACCCGCCAUACGCGGCGUUGCGCAAGCAGCUGGGCAAAUUCGGCGUGAAAACAAUCACCAUCGCGGGGAGCGGCACCAUGGCGUACAUGGCAAGUAUCAACGUCGUAAUCCUCGAUGCUCAGGCCGUGACCGCGAAUGGCUCAGUCAUCGCCGUCGGAGGCGCUGCUGUGGUCGCAAGGGCCGCUCGUGAGUACAACAAGACAGUAAUCGUUCUGGGCGGUGUGUUUAAGCUCUGCCCCGAGGAUGAGCCAGACCUGGAUGCACUCGUCCAGGCUGGUAGCCCAAUAGACCUGGUCGGCUACGACGGCCACAUGGUCGACGUUGACGUCGAGGACACAAGCUCCGAGUACAUUGUUCCGGAGCGGGUGGACAUCUACAUCACAAACCUGGGACCACAUUCUCGAGAUCAUCUGCAAGGUGUUGUCGCUGAUCACUAUAAAAUCGAAGACGUGAAUUUCCUGUCCCAAUGA